AUGAGGCUCUUAACAGCAUCUGGGGUGUACUUACACCUCAAUACCUGCUGCCGCCGAGCCUUCGCCACAGGAGCAGCAGCAGCAGCGGCAAGGGAGGCAGCAGCGGCAACACCAGAGGAGACAGCAGCAGCAGCAACACAGGCAGCCGCAGCAGCAACAGAGGCAGCAGCUGCAGCAGCAGCGCCUGCAGAAUCCCCUCCACUGGCUGCAGCAAAAGCAGAGACGCGUGAGCUCGCCACCACAACCGAAGCAGCAGCAGCUGCAGCAGCAGCAGCAGCAGCAGCAGCAACAGGAGCAACGCCAGCAGCAGCAGAAGCAACGACAUGUGCAGAUGUCCCGGCAGCAACAGCAGCAGCAGCAACAUCAGCAGUAGCAGCAGCACUCUUAGCCCCAGCUGCAGCAGGAGCGCCCUCAGCCACAAGGCCAGCAGCAGCAGCAGCAGCAACAGCAGCAGCAGCAACAGCAGCAGCAGCAGCAGCAGCAGCAGGCUGCAAGAGGAUAUCCUCCCUUCCUCCCGGGGCGCGCCUGCUGCUGGCAGAUGCUGCUGCUCGACUGCAGCAAACCAAAAAUAUAAAACCGCAGCAGCUUUCCAUGUGGCUGCGCAGCGUGCAUGUGCUGUUCUCCUUUAAAGAGUAUUUGCUGCUGCAGCAGCAGGCGUUUUUUAUGCUGCCGCUAGUCCGCUUCAUGAGGCCCGCAGAAGCAGCAAUGCUGGCCCACCAUGCUUCUUUCUUUCUCAGCAGCAGCAGCAGCAGCAGCAGCAGAAGCACCAGCAAAAGCAGCAGCAGCAGCAGCAAGAAGGUCAGCGGCGGCAGCGAGCCGAGGCAGCAGCAGCAGCUGCAGCAGCAUCAGCAACGGCGCGAGCAGCUGCAGCAGCAGCAGCAAGGGCGCGAGCAGCAACAGCAGCAGCAGCAGCUGCAGCAGCAGCAGCAGUGGUGGUGGGACUGCUUCUGUGAAGAGGUGCAGCAAAUCCUCCAAGACGCAGACGGAAGAGAAACUGCGAUGCUGCUGGCAGCAGUUGCGCGCUCUGAGACGCAGCAGCCGAAGCUGGUCCGAGUUCUUCUUGCUGAAGCUGCAGCAUGGGCAGCAGAUAACACUCCAAGAGACAACUCUCUCAUUCGCGAGAGCCACGGCUUAGGGUUUGGGCUGGCUGUGGGGCUAAGGGCAUCAGCAGAUUAA